AUGUCAGACUCAUUAAUCAACAAUGAAGAAUCUAUGGAAGAUAUUCGGAUCAGCGGUUAUGAUCCAUUGAUCUCACCAGAACUACUUCAAAGCGAGAUACCACUUAGCCAAGAGGCGCGGCAAGUUGUAUUGACUGCUCGAAAAAAAGCGUCAGACAUCAUUAAUGGCACAGAUGACAGACUUUUAGUUAUCAUCGGUCCAUGUUCUAUUCACGAUGUCAAAGCUGCUUUAGAAUACGGCACAAGACUUAGAGAAGUUGCGGAUAAACAUGGCGAUGAUCUCUUGAUCGUAAUGCGUGCAUACCUCGAAAAACCAAGAACGACUGUCGGAUGGAAAGGUCUAAUCAACGACCCGGAUAUUAAUGAGUCCUUCCAAGUAAACAAGGGACUCCGCAUUGCACGAAAGCUACUAUGUAACUUGACGGGUGCUGGCACACCUGUGGGUUGCGAGUUGCUGGACACUAUCUCACCUCAGUUCCUUGCUGACAUUAUUUCUUGGGGAGCAGUUGGCGCGAGGACAACAGAAAGUCAACCGCAUCGUGAGCUCGCAUCUGGUGUUUCUUUCCCGGUUGGUUUCAAAAAUGGUACAGAUGGCAACGUCAAAGUAGCAUUGGAUGCUAUUCGAUCGGCGUCUCAUCCACACCAUUUUCUUGGUGUCACGAAACAAGGCUUGGCUGCUAUCACUCACACCAAGGGAAAUGGUUAUUGUCACGUAAUUCUGAGGGGUGGAAACGAUGGCCCUAAUUACUCAAAAGAAUACAUCGACGCAACAAAAGACGCGUUACGAAAAGCCGGUCUUCCGCAGCGCAUUAUGGUAGAUUGCAGUCAUGGCAACAGCGGAAAGAAGCAUACUAAUCAGCCGAUCGUAAGUGCUGACUUGGCUGCUCAAAUUGCGGCAGGAGAGGAUGCAAUCAUGGGAGUGAUGAUCGAAUCAAAUCUAGUGGCUGGUAGGCAAGACGUGCCACCCGAGGGUGCUUGUGGAUUGACAUAUGGGCAAUCAAUUACUGAUGCCUGUGUUGGAUGGGAGGAUAGCGAGCUUAUGUUGGAGCAAUUGGCGCAGGCAGUUAGACAGCGGAGAGCUGUCAAACAACAGUCAUCAGAAAUAUAA